AUGGCGAAGAAUGGGAAGAGCUUGGCCUGUGUGCCUCGUAUUUUGCAGCUGGAUUCGUUUCUGGCUGUGGCGGAGGCUGUCUCACAAUCGUUUCAGACGGUCAAAGGAACGAGCGGAGGAGGGAAUGUCCAGGCGUCGUUGUGGAUGCAAGAAAGCUUGCGGAACCUGUCAUGUCAAAUGGUGGCAUGCAUGUCUCACGUCUCUCCCGUCUCCAUGGGGAGUCCUAUCAGCGGACGCGACGACGAGAUGGCAUACUAUGGACCUUUCCAUCCUACGUCCAAGACAAGUGUGGCGGUGAUGGGAGUGAAGAGGGAGGGUGACUAG